CAGAAAAUUUCAUUUGGAUUAAGGUUGUACAUUUGAUUUAUAAAAUUGUCUUAUUCUCAAUAUUAUUACCUUUAUUUUAAGUUGGUGAUGUCGGUCUUUGUGGCUGCUGAAGCCCUCCCACCCCAACCCACGGAAGCACUCCCACCCCAACCGCCUGCCCACCAACCACAACCGGCUCCUCAUCAACCAAGGCAACGGAGGCUUGCUAGGCCACCAAUUUUCCGCACCCAUGUCCUACUUUUUGGGAUGCCAGAUGAUGUUGUUGUGCGUAGAUACAGGCUGCCACCACAUCUAAUCCUAGACACUCUCUCCAUAAUAGAGAGUGAUCUGGAGUCUUCAAUUCGGUAUCCUACAGCAAUACCACCAUUGACACAAUUCCUUGCUGUGUUACAUUUUGUGGCCACAGGGUCAUGUUGUUGGAGACCUGGUUGGCAUGUCGCAGGGCCAGUUCAGUAAGGUCCUGCGGCAUGUCAGCCAGGCUUUCAUAAAGCGUGUGAAGCAAUUUAUUGCUAUGCCUCUGGAUGAUGGUGCCCUAGAUGUGGUGAAGCGGCAAUUUGAGGAAGGUGGUAGUCGCUUCCCACAUGUUAUUGGGGUUGUGGAUGGCACACAUGUAGCUAUUGUGCCACCAAGACAUAAUGAAGAAAUUUAUAGAAACAGGAAACUGUUUCAUUCUCUGAAUGUAAUGGUUGUUUGUGGGCCAUCCCUCCAGAUCGUUUCCCUGAAUGCCAAGUUCCCUGGAAACGUGCAUGAUGCUUAUGUCAUUAGACAAUCAGGGAUAUGGCACAGAUUAAGAUCAAGUCAACGAGCAGACAUGUGGUUAUUGGGAGACCGUGGAUAUCCUUGCACCCCCUGGCUCAUGACUCCUUACCGUAAUCCCAGGCCAGGACCACAGACGGCAUUUAACUCCGCGCUUACUGCCACUAGACAGCUGGUGGAGCGCACAAUUGGGGUCCUUAAAGGCCGUUUUCGUGUGCUCCACCGCACUGGUGGCGACAUCAUGUAUUCGCCGGAGAUGGCAAGUAAAAUAGUGGUCCUGUGCGCUAUACUACAUAACAUCGCGGUAAGGAGUAGCGUAGAGCUUCCUCACACUGAGGAAUUGCCUGAUGAGGAGCCAGGGGUUGUCCGUCGAUUCGGUGGGGGGAGUGUUUCACGGAGGGGAAGCCAAGUCAGGGCAAGCAUUGUUGGAGAAUAUUUCAGAAAAAAAACACAAACAAAUGAAAAUAAAUGUUGGCCACUUUGUGACUGUGCAGCUGAAUUAUCACACAAAAUGUGGUCAACCACAAUGGCAAGCUGAUGCAGGGAGGCAACAACAGGGCCCUUCUCAGCCCCCCUCCCCUUCUCAGUCCCCCUCCCUUCUCAGUCCCCCUCCCCUUCCCAAUCCCCCUCCCCUUCCCAGUCCCCCUCAGCUUCCCAGUCCCCCUCAGCUUCCCACUCCCCCUCAGCUUCCCACUCCCCCUCAGCUUCCCACUCCCCCUCAGCUUCCCACUACCCUUCUCAGCCCACCUCUACUUAUCCUUCUGUGCCCCCUUCUCCUCCUUACCAGUCCCCUUCUCCUUCUCCUUCAAAAUCCCCUUCUCAGCCCCCCUCAACCUCGAUUGGCCAAACAUUCUCUCCGCCCCCUCGCCCUCACAAUCAGACCCACCCUCAGAAUAAACAUCCCCAAUCCCUCCUCCUUCCCCCAUCCCUCCUCCUUCUCCCAUUCAGCCUCCUUCCCCCAUCCAGCCUCCUUCCCCCAUCCAGCUGCCAUCACCACCCAGCGAAUGGGCAGAAGAAGCCCCUGAUGGGCUAAGUGACAAUGUUGCCGAGGAAAAUGCUGCUAUUGGAGAUCCCAGCACUUUGCCAGCACUUUUAGGGCGGCUGAAAGCCCAUUUAAGGGAAGUCAUAGCAGACAUAGAGGCAAUAGAAAAUGUCCUCUGAUGAUUUUUUGAGAAUUUUGUUAAAAGUUUAUUUACUAAAAAAAAAA